ACAAACUGAAGAAGUGUUUUUUUUUUUAGCCACAGGAGAAGGCAUAUAUCGUUCAUUAGCAGUUCAUCAAAGAUAUCGAACAAAACUUCCCAACUCCACUGAAGAAUCUGGCCAAGAGAAAUUAGUGCUGGCAGAUAUCGUACCUUCACUCCAGAAUGGGGAUUUUGAAGAUUUCUUAAAACAAAUAUUUCAAGAUUGUGACAAUGAAAGCAGUGGCAUUGUUACUGCUGGUGCCUUAGCUGUUCAGCUUAGCCAAUCAUUGAUGGAUAUGCCACAGGUAUUGCUUGAAACCUUGAGGGAGGCUUUUUGUCAUGAUGGAACCGAAAAGUUACUGGACAUGUCAUCAUAUCUUUCUAUACUUGCUAACUGGUUAUCAUGUCAUUGUGAAGAUGGUGACAAAAUUAAACAACUACUGUCUGAUGAGAUUGACGAAGAGGCCAUUGCUGGUGCAACAGCUGCAAGUUUUUCAGAAGAGCAAGUUAAGCCCCAUGUGGAAUUCCCAUCUUCUAGUAAAGUGGUUUCCUUUGAUAAAUCAACAUUUGUGGCUCAUGAUUUUAAAGCAACUCAUAUUUCAAAGCGCUUUCCCACACCAUACCACCCUUCCAUUCCUCUUUCCAAAAUAGAGGACUACACACUCACAAAUUAUGAAAGUUUUGAAGAGGAAGAGGAAACUGAUGGUGUUUUUAUUCCUGCAACACGGAGAAGGCUUUUAUACGAAGAUGUGAAACCUGUUAGCAGAGGGCUUUUCUGUUCGUCAAAUAGGAGGAGCACCCUACUCCCUCGUCAUAUGAAGGGAAGCCGCGGCGCUGGCGGGGGGGAAGAGGACGAAGACAGCAGUAGCGAUCCGGGCGGUGAUGUCCUUGACAUGUCCCGACCCCCGUCUCCUAUCACUCCCACUGCUGGUGCCACCACCACCUCCUCCUCCCCCUCCUCCGCCGCCGCCUGCUUCUACCACAACACCCUCUCCACCACCUUUCACAAGAGCAGGGAUGAGACGCGCGAGGCACAGGAUUCCCCCUGUUACAACUUCCGUAUUGGGGAAGUUACCACCGCCUCCUUCAGAACUCCGGACCCUGAGGUCCUGCAAGAGGACUUGAGGGAGUUGGAGCUGACCAGACGUCAUCUGGUUGAACGCAAUGCUGAGCUCAACGCCCAGAUCCACGUCUGCGAAGAUGCCAACAAUAGUCUCAGGAAACACUGCCUGGAUCUCGAGGGGGCCCUCAAGAGCUUCCAGCACCAGGUGAAGGACAAGGAAAAACUCGAGGAGGACAUCAAGGAACUGCAGUGCCUGCUGGACAAUGAACGCGAGGCGAGGCAGAGUGCCGAGGCGCAGGUCUACGUCCUCAAGAAAGAGAAAUUCAGUCUGGCUUCGAAAAUUGAAGAUGCUGAAAUAGAGUUGAAAUGCUGCCAAGAAGAGAACUACAGGGCAAGACAGCGGGUGUGUGACCUGGUCAAAGAAAGAGAGAGUGACGCUGCUUCCUUCAGACAGAUGAUAGAUCAGUAUAAGACCAGGCUGAGCGAGGAAGCGAAGAUUGCAGAAAACUUACGGGAAGAGAAUAAGGAAUUGCACGCAGAUCUUCAAAAUUUACAAGAAGAGCUUGUAUAUUGCCAAGAGAAGUUAUCAGUAGUACCAGCAGAGGUAAAUAGGACGGUAGAAGAGGAUGAUCUUCAGUUGAACACAAGCAGCAGAAGUCGCAAAACCUCAUGGACUCCUGAAUUAUUUACAACCUGUAGUAAGACUCCUCCUGCAACAGAAACUCCAGGGAGUAUACGUUCAGAAAUUGAAAUGAUGAGUACAAGCGAUGGCUGUAUUCCAUUUUGUGGGAAAUCUGAACGAGGUAUGUCAACUGGAUCCUUGCAUUCUGAGAGAAUUUUCAUAUCAUCUGGGAAAGGAGAUGCCUCUUCAUUAUCAUUUUUGACCAGUAUUUUGAAUUGGUGGAGAGAAAGUAACAACCAGAAUGAUUCCAGUUCUAAAGGCUUUAAAGACGAGAAAGAAUCUGCCAUGUAUUCUCAUUUCCUUAAGCAUUAUGAUGAAUUACUAAAGUUGGAAAAAGGCUUACAAAACAUUGUGAAGAAGGAGGAGGUUGACCACUCAUCACCACUGCCUGGACUUGCAUCUGGAAAAACUCCACCGCCAUCUAGACGUACUUCCGCUGACAGCACUGCAGGCACAUUAUCUCCAGAGGCGAAUUUAGAAGGCCCAAAUGCCCAUACUCCCUCAUCUGGUUUUAGGACCCCCGGGUCACUUGUAUCAAAUUUGAUUUACAAAUUUGAACGUUCUAGUCUUUCCCCCAGUCCCUCCUAUUCGUCAGAGAGUAAGAGGAGCACCUCAGCGAAAGAGUGCGAGUUGGAAGGUGAGGAGGGCAACAUGAAAUCGAAGAGAAGUAAGCCAAAUCAUGACUAUAACUAUUUGAGGGACAGUAAAAUUAUCAACAGGCUUUUUGUUGAAUCAGGUGAUGAUAGACUCGAUAGCAACAGUAAUUUAAUUUCUACGGAGGAAGAUAGUGAUAAUGUUACUGACGUGAUAUCUGAGGAUGCCUCAGAGUGCUUAACAGGCUCGCUACCUCAAAGCUGUAAUGCCUCAGAUGUGCUUGAUAGUGGUUUCGAACAAGAUCCUGGGUACGGUAUCGUAACUCUAGGUUAUCAGCCUAUGUACAGUAGUAAAAGUGACAUAUUGGACAAAAAGAAUGAAGAAACGAGUUCCAACGAACAAACCAUGAACAAGGGAGUUGUGCUCAGUGGGGGUUUGGACUAUGAGGAAUCAGACAUUUCGAAAGAUACCUUAGAAGUCACUGCUACAUUGGAGCUUCCACAAGUUAGCCGAGUCAGCACACCACGCUCAGCCCGCGAUGCUGAGCUCGAUGAGUGCGGUGUUGAUGUCGAGGCUGAGGCUUUCAUGAAGCAGAGCCGUUUAAUGAGGCUCACGAAUCAAGUGCGUGAAAAAGACAGACUUUUAAAGAAAGUGAAACAGCAGUUGUCGGAAGCUCAGGAUGAAGUGGAAGCAAAUUACGUCCUGAUGAUCAGAAUAUUCCGUCUUGCAAGUCAUGUCUCUGGAGACGUUUUUAGGUGGAUUGAAACAGUUCGGAAAGAAUGGCUGUCUUCUGUCCCAGUCGUGAGAGAAGACGAGGGGGCCAGCGCCCCCCUUCGGACACCCGAUCCGCUCUACGAUAUGCCCCUGACCGGUAGCCACUCCAGAGAAGAGAUUGAAUCCCUGAUUAAUACAAGAUGCGACUUGGGAUGCCAAGUGUCCCGUGACGACUUGGGAAAGGAAUAUGUGAACCCCGAGAGUUUGGCAAUAGAACUCGAGCGGGAGUUACUUGCUCUCAAGUUGCACGUGGCCAGGUCACACGCUCUUCUGCAUCACUAUCAGGUCAGUUGUCUCCUGCGUCACUAUCAGAGUUCCAGUCUUCAUGGCAGUCGCAGCGAGGUAUCAACGCCCCCCGUCGCAGUUUCCACCCAUCAUGUACAAGGAGUGGAAGCUGGCGUGGAGGCCGACCUCUGCGGGCCCACCUGUAUACCAAGGCCCUGUGAUUCAACGGCUACCCAAACCCCAGCUUCGCCUAUAUCUGUCUCUCCCGAAUGUGAGGAAGCGAGCGCCGCGGAAGAGGAGUCGGUGAAUCUGAGUAAUGACGGAAGGGGAGACGACCCCCUGCAGGACGACCAUCGACCCCUCACCCCGCAACACCGACCUCUCUACCAGAGAAUGUCCCUAAGCGAAGAGGAGGUGGAAGAAGACAGCGCUUGUGACACCGAAAUGGCGGUGUCCAGCGACCACGUCAUAUACGCCCCUAAACCCACCUACGAUCAGCUGGACCAGUACAGGAUGUCUCGUAAGCUCUCAGUCUUACCCGAAGAAGUGGAAGAAGUGUCCUGUGGAUCUUCCAUAUCAUCCCGUUCCCCAGUCCCUCUUUCUCCUUCGCCUAUGCCAGAGUACAACCAGCAUAAACAAGAAACUUCAUCGGAAACUGAAAGACAGUCAUCUCUUGGAUGGCGCAGUGGACGAGAAAGCUCUGGUGAAGGUGACGAUGGCUUGGCCCAAGAUCACCGUCAGUUGUCCUUGUCAUCCAGUUUAACUUUGCCCCUUUGUGGUGGAGAGAAUGGAGGGGAUGAUAGUAGUGGUGGGGCAAUGUCAAAUUCGCCCUUCAAUCUUUCUCCCCUUCUUAUCUCUCCCCAGUCCAUCACCUCACAAGUAUUGGCUUUAGCCUCCCCAGUUUCACCUUUCUCUUCAUCACCGUACACUGCCUCUUUGGAGGACCUAUCUCCCGUCACAACUUCUGACUCUCAUUUCUUUCGUGAUUCACAAACUGUGUUGAGUAAGUAUCACAGUGAUAGUGAAUCUCAACAGAGAUACCACGGAGAGAGAAUGAGCACCUCUUCUCUCACAGAGUCUGCUGAUCUUUUGUUUGAAGUACAAGCCGAUUCAUCCGAUCAGAUGUCAGAUGGUUUAAGUCGAUCAGAUUCAACGGAAAGUCGGUUACCUCCUGAGCGCAAAACUAGUGGUAGUUCCCUCAACAAUUUCAGAACUUUGAAACAAGGUGAUGAAAAGUUUCCUUCCAAAUACAUGGAAUCCAAAUCCAUAGAUUAUUAUAUCCCAGUGGAUGAAAGCAUUCAUAGUGAGACACGUCCUUUGUUGGGUGCAGCUGAGGAAGGCAGUGUGUUGGACAAUCGGCGAUGGUCAGCUGGUACUCUGAGUCAGCCAGGGACCUCUCCAGCUGGUUCUUCUACAUCUGGCCGUAGCUUAUCUCAUUCCCGUCCCUUACAGCUCGGUACUAUUGCUCCAACCGUCCACAGUCUUGUGGCUCCCUCUUCAGCAGUUGCCUGUUCUGUUAUGGCGUGUGCCGAUCCUUCAGGAGAUACUAUGAAAGACUGUUAUGUUAGUGAUUUAAUGAGAAGAGAUUCUUUGUCAUUACCACCUGGUCCAGCUAAGCUUUGGUGGACCCCGAGGUCAAGGGCAGCAUCACCUUUGUUUUCCUCUGCCGAAUCAUCUCCUUUGGGCUCCCCAGCAUACCGAACCCCUCCGGAGGGCACCCCUUGGUCUACUCCACGUCCAUCAUUAGAGUACAACUCAGACUGGGAACUCCGAUCUGAGCCAAAUAGCGGUGGGGACUGGAGUCUUCCUGAAUGUAGCCAGCCUCAUGGUGGCACACCUUUCCACACGCCCAGACCCUCCCUCACCCCCCGCCCUUCUUUAGUUCUGGAACCAAGUGAGGGCCCUAGUAUGUUGCUAUUAGGAGGAGAUGCACCGACACGGACACCUCCAGGUAUGCCUUGCAAGCUGCUUAUCCGGCAUGACUCGGAUUCUUCACCACAGGAGGAAAAUUGGGCUCCUGCACCCUCCUCUCCUAACCCAGAAUCUGUGCAGCAGAAAUCGGGUGAAACCUGUUCUCUUCCAGACCAACGUUAUAUAGAGGAUAUAGAUUCUCAUCGCGAGAACGAAACGGAAGGGGCUCCUGUGUCUCUACCAGCAACCAAGACUGGGGAUUCCACUUCAAAAGAGGACAGUGAAUCUGCUGCUCACACAGCUCUGCCCCAAGAAGAGUAGCUGUGGAAGAGCAGUGGUAGAAACACACAUUUCACAGAAGGGGAGAUUUAGUGCCUGUGUAUGUUUCACAAUUAAGCUUACACAUUCUAGGUCAUGACGUUGAAAUGAAUGGGGGACCAUGUUUAACCUUUGGUAACCACCGAAAUUGGGUAAUUUUUGUAAACUGCAAUGGUGCGUUCAGGUGGAUCAGUUCGGAGGAUGUGACCCCCCCUUCAUUUUGAUGUUAUUUCUGUCUGACGCACAACUCUUUUUAUUAUAAAGCCAACAUUGCCUUCCACUUCUGCAAAGAGAAACAAAUCUUACUAGAUUUUAUAACUAAGUGGACAGUCAAUAUUUUACGAUGUGAGUAUAUUUUCUCUUUAUUCGGUGUUUCAUUUUAAUCAUGUACAUAUACAAGAUUCAAUAUAUAGAUGAAUUUUAUCUGACUUUUUGUUAUAUUUUGAUAUUUGAGGUCAGCCCCUUCACGUGACUGUAAGAAGUCCUUUUUGUGUGCUAUGUGAUCCGAGAAUGUGUUCUCUGAAUUAUUACCCACGAACUCGACAGGACCGACGGCAGCCCUUUAUAAAUGUGAGCAAGAGCUUCGAAGAAGCUUUACGCUGUUGUAUCCCGAAGCAAAGAGGGCCAGUUGUAGUAGAUUGGGCAAGGAAGUGGUAAUCGCAACAACAGAAAAUUCGUCUGUGAAGCUGGAAGCCUACGGCUGCGAAUAUAUCUCGUACUCGUCACAGAAGCCAGAGAGUAAAUGCUAUAGGAAAUUUCUCCUCCUGAAGUGUAUGGCAUUGCCUAGACAAUGCCAGGACUGUAAUACUCCAUUCUCUUUGUCCACUUUGCUCACCUUAUCAAAGUGUUGCUCUGCCAUUUCAAGUCCUUCCUCAGCAUACGAUCACCAAACGGUUUUUCUUCUUCUUCUUCCUCCCAUGUUCCACGUUACUCUUCUGUAUCGUUUAGGUAGAUUUGCGGUAUAAUAGUUGAUCAUGUGUCUUCUUUCACUAUUGUACUUGGGUUCAGUACUGUAUAUUGGAAUUGUGAUAUAGAUUAUGAGUUCUAUCACUGUUGUAUAACGUAAAUAUUUUGUAUCAGAACCAUGAUCAAGUAAGAUGUUGGGAAAGAUGAUGAAAUUAUUUGAAUAUAUCUUGAUAAAA